UGCUUUCCUUUUUUCUUGUUAUAUAACCCUACUGGCUCCGUUAUUUCAUUCUUCUUCUGCCUUUUCCUUUACUUUCAUUUCUUGGGAUCUGAUCCGACCAAAAGCAAGGUGGUUCAAUUCCCGAGGAAAUAUCUUCACAUUAACUACUUUUUGGUUGUCUUUUUGUGUGUAAUAGGAGGAGAUAUAGUACUUCCAGUACAGUUGGAGCUGCACCCAGUUUAGGGUAAUUCUAUUUUUGGAAGUAAAAGAUUCUAUCAACCCAGAUCUGACACAAAAUCUGAGCAGGAGAAACAUGAACACUUUUUCCCAUGUUCCUCCUGGUUUUCGGUUUCAUCCUACUGAUGAAGAACUAGUAGAUUAUUACCUUAGGAAGAAGAUACAUUCAAGAAGGAUUGACCUUGAUGUUAUUAAAGAUGUUGAUCUCUACAAAAUUGAGCCUUGGGAUCUUCAAGAAAUAUGCAGAAUAGGGACAAAUGAUGAAAGCGAUUGGUACUUUUUCAGCCAUAAGGAUAAGAAGUAUCCAACAGGAACUCGAACAAAUAGAGCCACCGUAGCUGGAUUUUGGAAAGCAACCGGUAGAGACAAAGCCAUCUAUACGAAGCAUGAGUUGGUUGGGAUGAGGAAGACCCUAGUAUUUUACAAAGGCCGUGCUCCCAACGGACAGAAAUCAGACUGGAUAAUGCAUGAGUACCGCCUUGAAACUGACGAAAAUGCUACUGCACAGGAAGAAGGAUGGGUCGUGUGCAGGGUUUUCAAGAAGAGAAUACCAAUCAUGAGAAGAGUAAGUGAGCACGAAUCAGUCAGUUGGUAUGAUGACCAAGUUUCAUUCAUGCAAGAACCCGACCAUUCGCCCAACCAAACUUCACAGCCUCAUCAUCAUUUACCUUAUCAUCACCUUCCCCAUGAUCACUUCCUCCAGCUCCCACUUCUUCGGAGUCCCAAACUGCUGCAACAACCUACCACUUCUGUAAAUUGCACUUCUAUUGCUGCAUUCGGGCUCGACAUAAAUCAGCAAGCAACCACUCUGCAAUCCUCAUCACUUGCACAAGAAGAUCAUCUUCAUCGUCAAACCCGAAUUCAAAGCUUGCAUUCUCUUUAUGCUAAUACUCAAAAUAGUAAUGAGCAAGCAGUCGAUCAAGUCGCUACUGAUUGGAGAGUUCUAGACAAGUUUGUUGCUUCUCAACUCAGCCAAGAAGAUGUCACUAAGGAAAAUAAUAGUAAUAAUAACUACUCAAAUGCAGCCAACAGCAUCUUCCAUUCAUCAGAUCAAGCUAGCUUACUUGCUAAGCAAGAAACGGGACCAGAAAAUGCUUCAACGUCAACCUCUAGUUGUCAAAUACACCUAUGGAAGUGAUUAUUUAAUAUCCUAGCAAUGAUAUAUAAUAUAUGCACAGUAUAUUUAUAUAUAUGUGUGUUCUGAUUAUAGGAUAUAACUUCAGAAAAGGUUAUUAUUCAAUGCUGUACAUAAUAAAACAUGAUCUUCUAUAACUUUAACUCUUUAAUAGUAUUGUGUUUCUUUAGGGUGACUACAUAUAGAGUCAAGUGCUGCAAUAUUUGUAUGUAAACAAGCCAGUGGUUUAUUGACUGCAUGUGCUUUUUAUGGCAUAUUGAAGAGGUGUGUUUGUAAGAUCGAUCAACAAUUGAUGAAACAUUUGUAGAUUGUUACUGAAA